GUAAUCAAUCAACACAAGCAAUUAUAAAUUAAACAUGGUUUUGUAAAUACUUGAGGCAGUAGGCUUUUCAUUAUAUUUCUAUACACAUUUUCGGAUCAUCGAAAUUAGGAGAGUCCCUUGUCCGAAGUCAUGGCACCAAAAGGUCCGCCAAAAAAACCCAAAAAGGAGGUGGACUGGGCCUCCGAUGAGCACUUCACCAAGGACCGUUCUAUGAUCUAUGUGGAGCACACCUACGAAUGCCCUAUUUUUACGACCAAGGCAGAGGAAUGCGGUACCUUUUUUGCGCAACGAAUUCCGGAACGGAAGUUUCAGUUGGUGAGGAACAAGUACGGAAAGCAAGUGCCUCGAGAGGGAGCCUUCGAGAUCGGCUUUUCGCAGAAUGCCCGCACCUCUGUGCACGAGAUCUGGACGGGAUUGGACAAGGGUCCACCGAGGCGAGACAAGUUUCCCAACUACGAGUCCCUGGUGCCCGAGGUGCAGAAGAUACUCAAGAAAUUCUAUCCGGACAAGGCUGUGGGCGUGGAAGACGAAGAGGAUGAGGACAGAGACGAUAUGAUGUAACCCGGAAUCUGCAAUCUGGAGUAUGUAAAUUUUUGGUAUUUACCAUAACAAUAUAGGCAUAAUAAACAAGACCUGUUGAUGGGAAACCUUUAAGACGA